GCGGGGCGGUAACAACCCGGAUCAACCCCUGGGCAAACCAGGCCCGGAGCGAGGAAGGGGCCCAGCUGUGCUCACGUUGCGGGGGGGGGAAAAAACCCCCAAAAUAGCACAAAUAUACCGCGUUAAAUGGGGGCCCACAAGUUGGUUUGCCCACGAAAGAGUUAAUCCGGCCCUGGCCGCAAUCAGGAAACCGGCACAGCCGGUGUGGGUAUCGCCCUUUUUAUUCUGGCAUGACUAGGAGAUGGGGCUCGCCUCCGGGGCAGCUCCUGCCCCCUCCCCCGGGCAGGGCGGAGGGAGGAGAGCGGGGGGGAGGGGGCACGUCCCAGGGGGCUGCCGCAAAAAAAAAGCGGGGCAAAAAAAACCCGGGGCAAAGCAAACGCCAGUGGCAUGCGCCGGAGCAAACCGAGGCUCGGCGCUCCGGGGAGACGCUCUGGCUGCCGGCCAGCGCGUCUCUAUGCUCCGUUUGUGCCGCUGCUGCUCCGGCACGCUGCGUGGCGUGCUGGAGCAAUCAGAAGUGCAGCAGAGCUCGCAGCUUCCUGCCGCCGAGUCUGCCUGGCAGCCGGGGCCUGGCUCGGGCCUGCACGGGAGCCCGGGGGCUGCGGCGCAGCCGGGCACGUGGGGCAGCCGCGCCCGCAGCCCCAGCCAGCUGCAGGCAGCCGGGAGCGGCGGGAGGCCCCGUGGUUUGCUGCGGGGACCAUGCCUGACCCCGGGGAAGGCAGCCAGGCGCAGGGCUCGGCCCAGGCCCGGCACCGGGGCCCGGGGUGGCGGCACGAGGAGGUGAUCGACCUCCUGGCUAUCUGGGGCCAGGAGACCACGCUGCGGCAGUUCGCGCAGGGACAGCAGCGCAACGAGCACAUCUACCGGGCGAUAGCCACGCAGAUGGCCGCGCGGGGCCACAGCAAGACGUGGCAGCAGUGCCGGACCAAAGCCAAGGGGUUGCGGCAGGAGUUUUACGCCGCGCGCGGCGCCAGCCGGCGCUCGAGGACGCAGCGGUUCCCCAUGCCCUACUACCAGGAGCUGGCCCGCAUCCUCGGCCUCACGGCCACCAAGCCCCCCGGCUACCCCGUUGCCAGCAGGGGAGGAGCGGAGCCGGUGGCAGCCGGCCCGGCGCUCCGGCCCGAGUCCCCGGGAGCAGGGCCCUCCGCCCGGCCGGCCGCCCCUCUGCCGCCCGGCCACGCCGGGAGCAACAGCGAGGAGGGACGCGCGCCGCAGGCGAGACCCGCCGCCGUGGCCAGCCCCGAGGCCAGACCGGAGCCGUCCGUCCCCCAGCUCCCACGGGACGGCGACAGGAGCGGGGAGGAUCUGCCCGCGGCGUCGCGCUGGUCGGCGGAGGCCUCGCCCCCAUCGGAGGUCACGUCCGGCUCCAGCUCCCCCCAGCCACCCGGGGACCAGGACCCGCCGUCUCCCGGCCGAGGCGACGGUCUGUCCCCGAGGCCCGACACCCCAUCUGCCAGGGGAGAGCCCGCCGCCCAGAGCCGGGGAGCUGCCCGCCCGCUCUCACGCACGCCGGGGGCCAUCCGGAUGCGCCGCCUGCGCCGAGAACAAGACGCGCGGCGGGACCGCAUCCAGGAGGAGCUGCUUCGGGCGGAGCGGGCGCGCCUCCGCGAGGCCCAGGCCUUCCGCCAGCAGGUCCUGGCCGAGCUCCGCCACUUCCGCCGCGACCAGGCCCUUGCCCAGGAGGAGGCACAGGCCGGCAGGGUGGCCCUGCAGCAGCUCGUGGCGGAGAUCAGGCAGGAGCAGCAGCUGGCCCAAGACAGCUACGAGGAGCUGCGGCAACUGCGGGCCUCCAUCAACACAGCCGUGCAGGAGGAGCGCAGGGUGUCGCAGCAGCUCCUGGCCGCCAUCCCUGCCCCGGCCGCUCCUGCCGCUGCGCCCCAGCCAGCCCCAGCCCCAGCUCCGGUGCAGGCUCCUGCGCCCGCCCCAGCAGGGCCAGGGCCUGUCUGGGAGCACUUUGCCUGGCUGGUGGCUCAGCUGGCACCCCAGCAAGCCCCACGGGCCCGCCGCAGCCGUCGAGGGGCACCACUUCUGCCUUCCCCUUCCCGGUCCUGGGCCUAGCUGCAGCAUCUGCUUCCGAGGAGCAGCGCCCGUCCUCCUCCCUGGCCAAGUUGGCACGGCCCCCGCACACAGGGCGGUGGCACGCAGGGCCAGGGCUCAGGGCCGAGGGGCUGCCAGCCUGUUUCCCUCCUCCCCUGGUGUUUCCCCCUAAGGACCCUCUCUCUUCCCCCUGGUUCUUAAGUAAUGAGUUGCAGUUUAAUUCUGGUUUUGAAUGGGUUUGUGCAGGGGGAGGGGGCGGGGGGUGGAUGGCCUCACGUGGGUACUGCUGCAAUGCUGAGCUGUUGGUGUUGCAAAAGUUUUGGGGAAAUGGAAAGGCAAUAAAGUUGCUUUUGUUUUCACAACAGCCACACUACCUGCGUUGUUGCGGCCCUGGCAAUGGGUGGAGGUGGAGGCCCCUGGGUGGGUGGUGGGCACGCUGGUGCCCUACUCAGCGGGGUGAGCCUGCAGAUGGGCGGCGAUGGCCUUGUGCCCUCUGCCAGGUGGUCCUCACCUGCGACAACGCUCCUGGCUGGCCGGCUCUGCUGCCCCUGGACAGGGCUGGAUGCAUGGUCCGAGGGGGAGGGGGGAGGAUGCUGGAGCAGGUGGCAGCGCAUCUCAGCGAGGCGGCAGUGCCUGUGGUGGGUACAGGGGACACUAGGUCAGGGCUGCUGCACAGGGAGCUAGUGUCCCCAGACGCCAACUGCCCCGGCUCGAGAAGCUCCUGGGGGCAAGUAGCCCUGAGCUGCUUGUGAGGCCACCGUGUUUAUACAGCAUGGGCGCAAGGAGCCGGGCAAGGGCAGCUUGCCCCAAGUGGCACAACUUGUCCCACGACAAAGCGCAUGUUCAGGCAUGUGCGCGGAGGCACAAAUUUGGGCCACUUCAAGCGCACGUCCCCGCAUGUGUGGAGGCAACCCUAUAGGAUAGUUUAGAUAGGGCUGAUCCCACCUUGAUCCUGGGAUCCCUUCCAGGUGUACUUUUCUUAUGAAUCCACAAUCUUUGUUGUGCGUCAUGACUGGAGGGGCUGCCCGACGAGGAGAGGCUACAGAGGCCUAUUCAGCUUAGAAGAGAGACACUUGCAAGGGCGGGGCGUGUCACAAUAAUGGCUUACAAAAUACUAUACGGCGACAAGGAAGUAGAUAGGGAUUUCAUAUUUACUCUAAGAAUUAGGGGUCAUACACUGGGCAGUAAGGUCAAAGCUAACCAAAGGGAAGUUCUUUGUCACCCAGCGUGUCGUUAAAGCGUGGAACUCCUUGCCACAAGAUGUGGAAGGUGACAGUCUUCAGGGGUGGGCAAUUAUUUCGGGCGGAGGGCCGCUUACUAAGUUUUGGCAAGCCAUCGAAGGCCGCAUGAGAGGCAGCCAGGGGCAAAUUAGUAUUAAUUUUUAAAAUUUUUUAGGGGCCCCGCGGGCCGGAUAAAUGGCUUGGCGGGCCGCAUCCGGCCCCUGGGCCGCAUUUUGCCCACCCCUGGUCAAGCUGGAUUCAAAAAAGGGACUGGACACAUGCUCGGAGGAAAGGGAGGUCUCCUAUGGCCCGGCCUGAGCCAGGAAAUGGCAGGUCUUACGUUGUGCACCGCGUCAAUCUGUGUUUUGUGUUUGUGCAGCACUUUGUACCACGGGGCCACGGAUCCCGCUGCACAACUGUCUUCCAGGGACCAGAGUCGAGGACCCGGCCGAUGAAGAGGAGACGCCCGCAGAGAGAGAGAGAUCAGGCCACAACCUUAAAAGUCAGAACUUUUUUUUUUUCUUCUUUUUUUUUCUUUUUUUAAUAUGUCAUCAACUUUACAGGGUUACAAUUGUCUUAAAUAUUCUGAAGUUUAAAUACAAUCUGUAUAAUAAUGUUAUUAUAAAAUGUAAACUUUCAGUGUUUUUAUUUUAUUCUUUUUUUCUUUUUUUUUCUUUUAAUAAUCAAAGUUUCAACACCUGAAUGUUUGCAAAACUGAAAUAUUUCACUGCAGGAACCUGGGAACAGUGAAGUCCGGGUCCCGCCGCUAUCAGAGGUAGAAUGUGGUUUUUAUUUUUUUAUUUUUUGUUUUUUAUAUAUAUAUUCUUUUUUUUUUUUCCUGAGUUCAGAUAUGCACACUGUAUAAAUGCAUCGGCAAGCUGUGUUCAUUCCUUUUUUUUUUUUUCUUUUUUUUUCCUUUUCAAACCCCAGAGAAACUGAUUUUUAAUCGAUAUGCAAAAGAGAGAGA